AUGCGUUUGCCUAGAAUAUUCAGCAAUCGUUACUCUGGGUUACCUAGAGAUGAAAUAGCGGCAACUAGAUUAGGAACACAUGAUAAUGAUAACAAUAGAAGUGACAACACGAAUAUCACAACUCAGCUUGAGAAUAUAGACAUAGAGAAUCAAAAUUCUAAUGUAUCUUCCAUUGAAACUCUAGAUUUGCCACCAAAUCCCCCUAAUUAUGACGAUUUACAAGAUAUUGAUCCGAUGGAUAUGGAUAUAGAUACUGAUAGACAUACCAAUACUCCUUCUUAUCUUUAUACAAACAGUUUUAGUACAGAGAACAUCAGAGAUAAAUGGAACCGUUACAUAAAUAACAUCAAUGACAACGUUAUUCUUCCUGUCAGAUUCAAUGUGAUGGAUCCCCUAACACAGUUAUACUAUCAUAUCCAGGAGAGAACAGACUUCUACUUGAAUAAAAUAGGUAAUCCAAUCAUCCUUAGAAGGCUGUUUUACAUCAUCUUAAUGUCCUUAAUAGCCUUCUAUGUGAUGUCCAGUGGACUUAUGCCAAAUAAUAGAUCCUCUCAUUUCGGUGGGAUGUUUUCUGAUCAUGAAGUAUUGAUUCAAUAUGCUAGACAAUCGAUGGAUUUGGCCAAAUUGGAAAGAGAUCUACAGUACAUCAGUUCGAUGCAACAUAGUUCGGGAACAAAGGGUGAUGUUGCUAUAGCUAAUUAUAUCGUUGAAUCCAUGGAUGCAAAUAACCUGAAAGUUAUUAAAGACUUUAAAUAUAUGGCUUAUUCAGAAUACUCAACUGGCAAUUCAACUUUAACUCUGUUCCUUGGUUACAAGAAAGAACAAUUGGAUAUUCCGUUAAACCAAAAUAAUUUUAAUCCAUUAUCUCCAUCAGGCCACUUGACAGAUAUAAAUCUGGUAUAUGGGUACAAAGGUUCAAAAAAUAUUUUAGAAGAAUUGAAAAAUAACGGUUAUUUGAAUUCAGAUUUUAUACUUUUACUAAAAUAUGAUAUUUUCCCAAAUGAACAGAUAUUAUUGGCGGAACAGUAUGGCGCAAAGGCUAUUUUAUUUAUAUCAGAUGCUGCUGAUGGUAGAAAUGGGAACAACAAUGAUUUAGUACAGCAGAUAUCUGUGUCUUUACCCCAAUUUGGUACAGGUGAUAUAUUGACACCAGGCUACAAUGGUCCCUUAAUUGACGAGAUUGAUAUAUCAGACGCUAAGAAUGUACCAAAGAUUCCAAUCUUACCACUUUCAUAUAACCAAGGUCAGGAUAUACUAAAACAUCUUCAAAAUUAUGGGAUCAAAUUUCAAGAUAAUCAAUAUAGUGGCACUAUUGGUCCAAACAAGGUCAAAGUUGAUCUAAAAGUUGAUAUAGCUGUCAAGGAAAGACAACCUGUGUUUGAUAUCAUUGGUAAGAUCGAAGGUAGAGAACAAGAUGAUAAGGCUAUUGUCAUUGCUGCAUCUAGAAAUUCUGUCAAUUACGGGGCAAGGUACCCUGGGUUUGGUACUUCGGUUCUAUUAUCCUUGAUUCAGCUGUGUCAAGAAAUGAAGUAUAAAUACGAUUGGAAACCAUUGAGAAACAUAUAUUUUAUAUCGUUUGGUGGUAAUGAAUUUAAUUAUGCAGGCGCCACAGAAUUGAUUGAGGAACGCUUAACAGCACUAAGAGAUGAAGCUUAUUCAUUUAUCGAUAUAACUCAACUUGGGAUAUGGGAUGACUCUGCUAGAGAUAUUAACAUUCAAACACAUCCUUUCUUAAACAAUUUUUAUAGAAAUGUUAUCCCUGCGCAUGGUUUAAAUAUUAAUAUUGAGCAUAUACAACAAUAUGGUGAUUGGAUCCCAUAUUUAGCAAACGGGAUCCCCAUUACUGUGAUUUCAAACCCCUCAGUUAAGGAUAAGGUCUUGCCAAUUAAUACUAAAGGUGAUACUUUUGAUUCAGUAAAGGAGUUGUUACAUGAUGGUUCAAGGGAGGAGAUAGCUGAAGAGUUGUUGUUAUAUGUAUUUGAAGUGAUUUUGAAAUUAUCAGAUUACCCGUAUAUUCAAUUUGAUUUAAUAAAUUUUGGUAAUAUAAUGUUAGAUGUUUUAAACAACUUCCAAAAUGAGAUAAAUCACAGAUUAAACACAGAACUGGUUGAAGAAAGUUUGACUUUUUGGAGAAGAAUUGGAUUAGAAUGGGAAGCAUGGGUCAGAUCUUGGAAUCAUAUCGUUAUGGUACAGGACGGUAUUGAACCAUCAUUAGUUUCAGUCAGUCGUUGGACAUGGAAUAGGAAAUUAUCAAAUAUUGGUAGACGACAAUUAUCCUUAGAAGGGCUACCUGGUAGGAUAUUCUUCAAAAAUGUGUUAUUCUCACCUACUAUGUGGUCGGGUAAUUAUGGAAAUGGGCAUUGGACUUUUCCCGGUGUCAGAGAUGCUAUUGAUCAAGGAGAUUGGGACAUGGCACAAAAACAAAUGGAUCUUGUAGCAGAGGUUUUAAAAAAAUCAGCAGAAAUGUUUGUUGAAGAGAAUGAUGAAGACAACAUUUAUAAGUAA